AAGCCUGGUUGUAGUGGUUCUGUGGUAAAUGCAUGCGGCGCAUAAGUUCGCCCUCGAUGCCUCUUAUACUGACCUAGAUUUUUUUUUUCUGGAGCGAUGUGGGUAACAGAGGGCCCCGUUAAAAUAGAAACGCCUUUGUCCCACUUCGUUCUUCAUUUUAUAGAGAGGCAACAACUCCUGGAUCCAACUCUUCUGUAACGGGGACGACGAGCGGCGGGACUUUGACAGCGGGGCACAAGAAAUCGCCAUCGAUAAAAAAAAAUGGAGUUUCACGAAGGGGCCGCAGCAACAGGCGACGGAGUCCUGGAUUUCUCACGCUUGAAUCUUAGCACUUUGAAUGUUGACACUGUUAGCGAGGAGAGAAAAAACGACACAAAGCAAAUGUAUCUGAACAAUAAUCGGUUGGUCUCGCUGCCCUCCUCUAUUUACCUUUUUAGCAACCUCGAGUUUUUGGACAUUAGCAACAACGGACUGACGAGCCUCUGUGAGGGCAUCACACGGCUAACCAAGCUAAGAACUCUACUAGCCAAGAACAACCGACUGAACGAGUAUUCACUGCCCAAAGAGUUUGGCUCUUUGCCUCUGGAGGUGCUGAACUUCAGUGGUAACAGAUUUGAGGAGAUCCCUAUUCAGUGCACUCAAAUGCUGCGUCUGCAGUCGCUUUCACUCGGUGGAAACAGACUCAAAAGUAUUCCCCCUGAGAUAGAAAACCUAGCAAGUCUAGAGCUGCUGUAUCUGGGAGGUAACCUCAUCAAUGCCAUUCCUCCUGAAGUGGCUAAUCUGCCUUUCCUUACAUACUUGGUUCUCUGUGAUAACCGCAUUCAAAGUGUACCCCCACAGCUCACCAGGCUGAACUCUCUGCGAUCUCUGAGUCUACACAACAAUUUGCUCACAUACCUGCCACGAGAGAUACUCAGCUUGGUCCACCUGCAGGAGCUCAGCCUCCGCGGAAACCCCCUGGUAGUGCGCUUUGUCAAAGAAAUGAUAUAUGACCCACCUUCACUGUUGGAGUUGGCAGGACGUACCAUCAAGAGCAGAAAUAUACCAUAUUUGCCACAUGAACUGCCAGACAAUUUGCUGCGCUAUCUGGAUUUGGCCAGCAAGUGCCCUAACCCAAAAUGUGCUGGUGUGUAUUUUGACUCGUGUGUGCGGCAUAUCAAAUUUGUGGACUUCUGUGGGAAGUAUCGGCUGCCACUCAUGCACUACCUGUGCUCCCCUGAAUGCACAUCCCCCUGCAGCUCCAACCCUCAGAGUGACGCAGAGUCCGAGGAUGAGUCCAGUGUCCCAGCAGACCGGCUGCAGAGGGUGCUUCUGGGAUAGCACCACACCCACUCAAGGGUCCCGUGAAAUACUUACUGGUGCUGUACUAACCAUUUAGGAUUGUUUUAAGUUGUGCCUUACACUAGUUCAAAUUAGUGCGAUAUAGAGUAUGGACCUCAGGGGCUAUUCUUUGAGCUGUUAAAACUGUAGUUAUAAGCUAUGUGCUCGUGCAGGGCCUAAAAGAUUAACCCACAUCAAGGGUUUGUGAGCUUGUAAAAGAAUGCUUAUCUAGGCUCAUGCACAGGAAGUGAAUGAAGGGUGGACCUGGGAAAACCAACAAAGAACAAUGGCUGUAGUAUAUACAACACAGUGGCAUCUAUAGAACACUAGAGCGGCGAUUGCUGCUCCAUGUUUCUGAUCGGUACUAAACUCUCUGCACACACACCACACUGAGUUUAUACACAGAAAAUAUUUAUAUCAAUUUGAACAGAAUCCUUUUUUACUUUCUCUAUGUUGAAUACAAGGAGCUUCCUGAUUGCACAUCUAAUAUUUAGAAAUAAAAUAUGGGUCCUUUAUGUUACAUUAGUUUCUAUGCUUGUGUUUGCUUAGUGCCUUACUAGUUUUACUGAUCUCUUAAGAAGAUUAAAGGGGUAUGAAGAAGUGUAACCAUGACAAAUGUGAUUGUGCUUAUCUAUGCCUAACCACACACCCUUUUAUAAUUAUAGAUUUAUAAAAAAUAUAAUUAUAAAAUUCAACUUUAUUUGUUUAACACAAGUAUACUAUGCACCUGUAUUCAUUUAUUGUUCUCUUGUUAAACUUGUAACCUAAUUGUACAUUAUAGAACAAGAGUUACACAUGUAUUUUGACUUUUGCUGUCUAAUUAAAUUUGGUUUUAAACAAUUUUAA